GCUGAAGGUUUGGCUGUUCAACUGUUCAACUGAGCCCAGAUGGACCUGGAGCAGAGCAUCGCCGUGCUGUCAAAGACUGAAAAACUCGGUCAGGAAAACGAUAAGCUGAAGUCAACCAUGAUGAGUGUGAUCAAGGAAAACAGAGACCUGAAAACUAAGAUGAGCAACUUCAGCCGCGAUGCCCUGGAGGAGUUAACAGCUAAAGGUACAACAAGUUUGAUGCAAAACACCUUCAAGGAGAAGCAAUUCAGAGAUGACUUGCAGCAAACCAGAAGACAACACCGUACCUCAUCCCCAGUGGACUUCAGGUCUUUCCUGGAAAGCUCGUUGGACACAGGCCGGGUUGAAGAAACAGGACGUGAGAGCAAUCAGGCUGAAUUUGCUCCUGGGGUUAAAAGCCCAAAAAGACUGCUGGGAGAGAUUCCCUUCCAGGUGGACAGGAGGAUUCUUUCCUACAUCUUCCAGGGCCAUAAGAGGCUUUAUGGAUUCACCGUGGCCAACAUACCCAACAAGAUCAUAGAGGUCAGCACACACCCAGUAACCGGCGAGAUAGAUGAAGGUUAUCGUCUUCAUCUCACCCAGAGAUAUGAGGAUCUUAAGGACAAGCUAGACCAGCUUGGGUAUAAGAUGGCACUCCACCCUCGUUUCUCUGAGUUUGUCAUCAACACAUAUGGGAUCCUGAAGGACACGUCUGAUGAGUUAAAGUCUAAGGCAACAAUCUACAAUGAUUCAGAAUUUCUGAGGAAGGUGAUACUGACUAUUGCACCUCGAAAACUUCAUGAGGAUAUGCUGAUUUUACUCAGCUGCCUCUGCAACAUGGCAGGGAAAGACGGAAUGCCUCUCUUCCUCUGGUAGACAUGUCUGAAUCCAGAGACACCCAAACCUCACAACUUUGCAUCAAAUAAACACUGU